GAAGCUGCGGAGCGGGAGUCUAAGCUCCUCAGAGACUUGUCUGCUGCCAAUGAAAAGAACCUGCUUCUGCAAAACCAGGUAGAGGAGUUGGAGCGGAAGGUCAGGUGUCAGCAGGAGCAGCUGUUCCAGACCAGGCAGGAACUGACCAGCACAUCAGCCGAGCUGAAGAUGCGGGCCAUCCAGGCCGAGGAGCGCCUGGACAUGGAGAAGAGAAGGUGCAGACAGAGCCUGGAGGACUCGGAAAGCCUGCGCAUCAAGGAGGUGGAGCACAUGACCCGGCACCUGGAGGAGAGUGAGAGGGCCAUGCAGGAGCGGGUGCAGAGGCUGGAGGCUGCUCGGCUGUCCCUGGAAGAGGAGUUGGGCCGAGUGAAAGCAGCGGCACUCAGCGAGCGUGGCCAGGCGGAGGAGGAGCUGAUCAAGGCCAAGAACCAGGCCCACCUGGAGGAGCGACAGCGUCUGGCUCACCUGGAGGACAAGCUGCGACUGCUGGCGCAGGCACGGGACGAGGCGCAGGGCGCUUGCCUGCAGCAGAGGCAGGCGGUGGCCGAGGCCCAGACCCGGGCCAGCCAGCUGGGCCUGCAAGUCGAGAGCCUGCGGCGGCGCCUGGAAGAGCUGCAGCAGGAGUUGAGCCUCAAGGACCAGGAAAGGGUGGCCGAGGUGAGCAGGGUGCGCGUGGAGCUGCAGGAGCAGAACGGCCGGCUGCAGGCAGAGCUGGCGGCUCAGGAGGCGCUGAGGGAGAAGGCGGCGGCCCUGGAGCGCCAGCUGAAAGUGAUGGCGAGCGACCACCGAGAGGCGCUGCUGGACAGGGAGAGCGAAAACGCGUCUCUCCGGGAGAAGCUGCGGCUCCGGGAGGCGGAGAUCGCCCGCAUCCGGGACGAGGAGGCCCAGAGAGCGAGCUUCCUGCAGAACGCCGUCCUGGCUUACGUGCAGGGGUCCCCCGUGAGGACCCUGAGCCCCCCCAAAGUGAGGCAGGCCGGGAGGACCCGGGCGCAGUAGGAGUACAUCAGGCGGCGCCCGAGAUGGACCGGGGGCCGCCUCCCGCCCUGGCAGCCCCUUGAGACCCGGGUCGUCUGUUCCACGCGGGGGUUGCGGCGACUGGAGAUGGUGCUGCGGCUGCCGGGCGAUCCCGUGGGAGGCGCCUGGGAAGGGUUCUCUCGCUGCCCCUUAGUCCCGGUCGACGCCACCUGGAAGCGCACAGGGAAGGGGUCCCGCGGGCGCGUCUCCCCCUCGCCUUCUGCCAUGUCACCGUGAACGCUGCGGCUGUCUGCGCGCGGCGGGGUUUGGAAAUACAGCGCGUUUGCACUUUGUGAUA